CGUAAAACAUCUACCCAAUCAAUCAAUCAAUCAAUGAUGGCCUGCCUUGCAACAGCCAGUUCGAAUCAACUGCUUUUUGACGACCUGCGUUUGUCUUUUGCUGACGAGGAUGAUGCCUUAGGGGUGACCUUCAUAGAGAACGUGACAGUGACAGCCUUUGUGGUGCCAGAAGACGAGGAUGAUGCCUUAGGGGUGACCUUCAUAGAGAACGUGACAGUGACAGCCUUUGUGGUGCCAGAAGACGAGGAUGAUGCCUUAGGGGUGACCUUCAUAGAGAACGUGACAGUGACAGCCUUUGUGGUGCCAGAAGACGAGGAUGAUGCCUUAGGGGUGACCUUCAUAGAGAACGUGACAGUGACAGCCUUUGUGGUGCCAGAAGGAUGGAGAUUUUCUGCUGAGUACCCCCGUGUCCCUACCGCGGCGUACCCUACAUACUCAUGAUUGGCCAUAACAGACAUUGUGGAAACGGCGCACUUCCAAAGAGAUUCAGACUGUGUCGAGAAAGGCGCAAAACACUUUCAACGAAAACUUUCACAGGUU